UGUGGGCGAUGUCGGUGAUACGUUAUUCUUUCGUGCAAAUGGCGGUGCUACUUACAGUAAAACUGAUAGUAUAAUUUUUCAUGCACUAAAGUCUUGACAAAUGCACAAAAUAUAGUCAUGAAUUUAUCAGCCAAUAGCCGCUUUAAGAUCUUUUUUUUUAUAAUUUCCUUAUAUAUUAUAAGCUUGUGCGUGAUGAAAAUAGGCUAGUGAAUUGAAUCAAAACAGUCACCGAGUCAGUGUAUUUCUUGUUCUAGCACUUUUUUAUUUAUGCGUAUAAUCCAUACUAUAGUACAAAUCUUAUUGGCGGUGUUACAAGUUAGUAAUAGUUAUCCCUUAUAAUUUGCACAUAGUCAACCAACGUUAGUUUAUUUUAUAUUACAGGGUCGAAUAAUUUAUUGUAAAUUUUAUUAGAAAAAAUAUUGGAGGUGACUAACAGUAACAGUGAGUAACAUAACAUGAUGUCAUGUCUGUAUGGACAGUGCCGUCAAUGGGUUGGUUUUGUGCAUCAACUAUUGAACAGAAAUGUUUUACGCUCAUUUUGUAUUGGCAAAGAAGGGCCCUUUAGCCCGUAUCUGGCUGGCUGCUCAUUGGGACAAGAAGCUGACAAAAGCCCAUGUUUUUGAGACAAAUAUAGAAAGCAGUGUGGAAGGUAUUUUACAGCCUAAGGUCAAGAUGGCUUUACGGACUUCGGGUCAUCUUCUGCUGGGAAUUGUGCGAAUCUACUCAAGAAAAGCUAAGUAUUUGCUAGCAGACUGUAAUGAAGCAUUCAUCAAGAUCAAAAUGGCUUUUCGUCCAGGAAUAGUUGACCUACCAGAAGAAAACAGAGAGGCAGCUGUGGCAACCAUCACUUUGCCUGAAGUUUUUCAUGACUUUGAUACAGCCAUGCCAGAUAUGAACAAUCUAGGCAUGGAAACACCAGUGACUUUAAAUCAAAGCCGAGCAGAAGACAUUACACUCAAGGAAGACUAUGGAACUCUUACUCUUAUGGCUGAUGAUGGAUUUGGUGAGUUUGGUGAUAUGGGUUUUGAUGAUCCUGAAUUAGCUCGAGAUGCAACAAACAUUGAUGAAGGUUUUGAUCAUGCAAGUCUACUGUUAGGAGAAGACAGAAACAAAGAUAAACCUGAAGAUACAUCUCAUGAACCUCAUGAAGCCAGCCAACAGGGCCCUUCUAGUUCCAAACCCAACAUGUCCCUUGAUGCUCCACUAAAAGAUGAUGGUUUUGGAGGAACUGUAGGAGAAGGCUUGUUGGAGGGAGAUGCAGGGUUAUUUGAGCCAACUGGACUUUUUGAUGAUGCCCCACUUGGUCAUGUACCCAUGGAUACCAGUAAUACAGAUAAUCCCCCAGAGGCUCAGGAAGGCCCCUCAUCUGCACCACAAGCAGAAGUUAGACCAGAAGAGUCUGAUGAUGAUGAUGACGUGUAUGAUAUGGGCCCUUCUUCCAUGGGAGGAAUGUCAGCUCCUUCUACACCUGGUUCUGUCCCUCCGCCAGAAGAAGUCCUUCAACCCAUGCAGACUGGUGAUACUGGGGGUGGGGGGGAUGAAGGCAUGCCUCCACCAUUAGAUGCUGACCACAGUGUGCUUCCCCAACCAGAUGUCAUGCCUCAAGACCAAACAACAUUAAUCCAUAAUGAAGAAGAGACAUUUGCUCUUGCACCACUUGAUGCCACUAUAGUACAGGGAGCAGAAAAAGCUAAAGGUAAGCGUAAACGAAAGCUGGUUGUUGAUGAGGUGAAAAAUAUAUCUGGUGAGGAGAUGAAGUCUCAGCUGUCUGAUACAACAGAUAUUGUUACCACCCUUGACUUGGCUCCUCCAACUAAACGACUUAUGCACUGGAAAGAAACUGGUGGAGUUGAGAAGCUUUUUGCUCUUCCAGGACGACCUAUUCUUUCAAAAACCUUGUCUAAGCUUUAUCAGAGGCAUUUAACAAGCAGGCCUGUGGACAAUGAGGAAUUUGGUCUGGAGGAAGAUAAAAUUGACUUAGAUGGGCAGCCAGAACAGCUUCGAGAAGAAGAAGUGCCACCACACAAACGAAGGAGAGAGAUGGUUCCGGAAGAAUUAUCAAGGAUAGAACAGCCUCAACUAGAAACAUCUAUACCAGUACAACCUAUGCCACCUGUAGACCAGUCCACACCACACCUCUCUAUGGGUAUCUCCACAGAAGUACCAGUAACAACUGAACAGUUGCCUCCCUUGCCUGUCCAGGAGUCAGCAAUGCUGCCUCCUCAAGUGGUACCAGAAUCACUUCAUCCACUUCCUCCUGUAGAAGGACAUCAACUUCAUCCUGUAGAGGGACAUCCACUUCGUCCUAUAGAAGGGUACCCACUUCAUCAAGUAGAGGGACAUCAGCUUCAUCAAGUAGAGGGACAUCAGCUUCAACAAGUAGAGGGGCAUCCACUUCAUCAUGUAGAGGGGCAUCCACUUCAUCAUGUAGAGGGGCAUCCACUUCAUCAUGUAGAGGGACAUCCACUUCAUCAUGUAGAGGGACAUCCACUUCAUCCCAUAGAUGGACAUCAACUUCAUUCCGUAGAUGGACAUCCACUUCAUUCCGUAGAUGGACAACUACUUAAUCCAAUGGAGGGACACCCACUUCCUCUUUUAGAGGGACACCCACUUUCCGUGUUAGAAGGGCAUCAGACCACUGAUAUUUUAGCAGCAGCAACUACCACAUUGCAUGAUGAACCUUGUAUCCAGCAGCAGCAACCAUUGGGGUCUGAACUAGAAAAGGAACAAGAACCACAACAAGAGGAAUUUGUACAACCCACUAUGGUGAAUCAUAAGGAACAAACAGCUGAAGAAGAAGAAGAUUAUGCUGCCCCAGCUAGUGUUGGACCUCCUGAGGAACAACUAGCAGAUGAAACAUACGAACAGUUUGAAGAACGUAUACUAAAUAAAAGAACAGUCCACAUGCUUCAUCUAAUACAGCAUGGACUAGAAGCAGGAAAAAAGAUGCGUUUUUCUGACCUGGUGAGAAACAACAUGCGUAAGCAGGUUGCCCAAAAAUUCUACACGUUUUUAGUACUGAAAAAACAACAGGCUGUAGAAUUAGAGCAGAGUGGGCCUUAUGGAGAAAUAAUUAUCACCAGGGGCUCAAAGUUUAAUGGAGUUUAUUAAUGUAUGCAUUUUUG